ACGAGGAAACACGAGAGAAAAGAGUAUACCCUGCCCUGUGUGUUUUUUUGUAAUUUUUUUUUAACGAAGGUUGGGAUUCCUAUAUUUGUACUGACUAUCAAAAUAACCCCACAGUAGCCGGAAAUCAUCAUCAUAAUCAUAAUAAUAAAGCAAAUCUCUUCCUGCUGACCAACUCUCACAGUGUUUGUGCAUCUGUUCUCUGCAAUCUCUCCUCCUCUUGGGCCCGGGCUGAGAGACAGAGGGAAGCCCGGGGUGUGGGGGAGGUGUCCUCGGCUUGCAGUGGAUCUUAGGGCCGGAGUGCAAGCUACGGGCACAUCAGCAUGGCUCUUUCCCCUAUGCAGACCGGCGGCCUCCCCGGGAUGCAGAAUUUAAAAGCAGACCCAGAAGAUCUGUUCACAAAGUUGGAGAAAAUAGGGAAGGGUUCGUUUGGAGAGGUCUUUAAGGGAAUUGACCAUCGGACUCAGAAAGUUGUGGCUAUAAAAAUUAUAGAUCUGGAAGAGGCAGAAGACGAAAUAGAGGAUAUUCAGCAGGAAAUAACUGUACUGAGUCAAUGUGACAGCCCAUAUGUAACAAAGUAUUAUGGUUCUUACCUUAAGGGUACAAAAUUAUGGAUCAUAAUGGAGUAUCUUGGAGGAGGCUCUGCCCUGGAUCUAUUAGAGCCUGGCCACUUAGAUGAGACACAGAUUGCAACAAUCUUAAGAGAGAUCCUGAAGGGACUUGACUACUUGCAUUCAGAAAAGAAAAUCCAUAGGGAUAUUAAAGCUGCCAACGUCUUGCUUUCUGAGCAAGGAGAAGUAAAGCUGGCUGAUUUUGGUGUGGCAGGUCAACUAACAGACACACAGAUCAAGAGGAAUACCUUUGUUGGAACCCCAUUUUGGAUGGCCCCAGAAGUCAUAAAGCAGUCUGCAUAUGAUUCAAAGGCAGAUCUUUGGUCCUUAGGCAUAACUGCGAUUGAACUUGCUAAAGGAGAGCCUCCUCAUUCAGAGCUUCAUCCUAUGAAAGUGUUAUUCCUCAUACCCAAGAACAACCCUCCUACGCUUGAAGGAAACUACAGCAAACUCCUAAAGGAAUUUGUAGAAGCUUGCUUAAACAAGGAACCUAGUUUUAGACCUACAGCAAAGGAGUUGCUGAAACACAAAUUUAUUGUUCGAAAUGCAAAGAAAACCUCCUACUUGACAGAGCUCAUUGAUAGGUACAAGAGGUGGAAAGCUGAGCAAGGUCAUGAACCUUCUAGUUCUGAUUCAGAAGGGGAAGAUGACGGUCAGGCUACAGGUGGAAGUGAUAAGGAUGACUGGAUUUUCACGAAGAGAGAGAAGGACCUUAAGAACAUGGUGAACGGAGCAAUUGAACCAGAGUAUUUGAGCGGAAAACAAGAUAAAGAUAUCCCAAAGCGACCUUUGUCUCAGAGUUUAUCCACAAUAAUGUCUCCAUUGUUUGCAGAGUUAAAAGAGAAGUGUCAGACAUGUGGUGGCAACGUGGGGUCUAUAGAGGAACUGAGAGAGGCUAUCUAUUUAGCUGAAGAGGCCUGUCCAGGUAUCUCAGACUCAAUGAUAUCCCGGCUGCUUAUGAGGCUGCAGAGAUACUCUGUAAAUGGAGCAGACUCUUCAUCACACUGAGGUUUAUUUUUUUCUUUCAAAGACAGCUGAACCUUUCAUUGUGCUACCCAUCCGGUUCCCACUGUUCAUGGAGAGUCACAGAAUAUGGACAUUCCUAGUUUUUCCGUGACACUGUUCCCAGGUGUCUUCACCAUCUUAAAGCUAUAGUUUUUACGAUUUUACCGUUUUGUUUUCUAUUAUCUCACCACAGUGCAAAUAUAUAAAAUAUAAAAAUGUAUAUAGCGUACUGUGACAAGGCAAAUGAAGAUGAUGUGAAACCUCAGGUAUCAUGCUUUAAGCAGUCUAUUCUGCUGGGAGAUGGAAUAAAAGCUCUGUUAGAUUUCUGUACAGAAAUGUAUAUAGCAUUAUUUUUACUGAUAUUGAGAGCCCUUCAGCAUGCCUAAGGCAUCCCGUGUGCAUCUGUAGAUAACGUCAGUGGAUCCAGGGUUUGCUAGGUCAUAUGUACAUUUUAAAUGAAGUGACAGGGAAUUUUAUUUUAUUUAUGGAAGCUUUUCUUUGCUGAGGGCUUUUACGUAAAACCUAUUUGUUCUUUGGCACAGUAUUCCUGGCUGUAGAAUGCGCAACAGAGUUAGUACCUUUGUUAGUUUAGGUACUAAAGUGUACUACAAUGUACAUUUACUAUACUUUCUUUAUAAGGCAGGAAUAGAACUCCAGGACUGACUACUAGGCAGAUAUAUAUGGUGCUUGUUACAUGGACAGCAUAUCAUCUCUUCCAUAUAUAUAUGAAAGUCCAGCUAUGAAAAAAUCGACAUCAUUUUCGGCAUCAAACGGUCAUCCUGCUUAAAUUCAUUUUGAAACUAACAGAAAAUUGUGUUCACAACUCUUAAUACUGCAGUAUUAAUGCUCAUUGGCUGAUAGGAGAAACUCCUAUAACUAGAUUGUUGGAUAGGACCAGUUUACCCAAGCCUGGAACAUGGUAUAUAUUGAAAUAUGGUCAUUUAGAUGCAAAGUAAAAGGUUCCUUUCAUGUCCUUUUUACGAGAGCACUGUGCCUGCAUAUGGGGAUAUUAUAGCACAACUUGCACAGGAUGAAAGUGCAGCUAUCACAAAACCACUUUCUUUCAUGUAAAAUGACCUCAAACAUAACGCACAAGGGACACUGAUGGCUGGAAAUGCACAUGCUUAUUUACGUGAUCUUAGACGGCUCUGAUUUUAUUUUAGCUCAAGCCACAUUUUGGUAAAACAAUUUAGCAAUGCUUAGAAACAGGUUUGUUCUAUGAUCUAAUUAACAAAUUAGUUUGUGCUCCAUUUUUCCAUUAUGGGGUUGUAUCCUGAGGUCAGAGAUCCAGAAACCACAUUCCAUUAUCCAGCUCAUUAGUGAGUGUGAGAAUGCAUAUUUAAUGUACAUAAAAGUGUACAAUAAAUAGUGCAAGUCCCUACUUUCCAGAUGAUUGCUGCUGUCUUUUGUUCUGAGCCUCAUGUAAAAUACACGAUAAUUAAAUUCAUGUGAAGAGCUCCA